GGAUUUUCAGUUCCGCCUAAACAUUGCCCUUGGUUUUUUAUGAGGAGAUAGAGAAAGUUCAAGGUUUUAACCUCAGAAUAAGACCUGUUUUUCGGGAAAAUGGGACUCGUGCCUGAUGAAGCGAAGGGGUUGCCUCCCCCGGGGAUCGUCAACAGAAACUCAGUGUGGCUCGGACUGUUGGGCUGGGCGAAUGCCGUGCUACACAACAGCGUGAACCGAAGACCUGCGCUCAAAGCCGGUGUUCAUCGUCAAGUUCUGUGCAUCACCAUUGGGUGGUUCAUUGGUUAUCAUCUCACAAAAUAUGAAAAGUUCAAGUAUGCCAAAUUGGACAGGGACAUGUCUGAAUACAUCCGGCACCAUCCUAAUGAAUUUGAACAGAAAGAACGGAAGACAUUUGCUGAGAUUGUGGAGCCUUUUCAUGCCAUCCGUUGAAUCCGUUGAUGUGAAGACCUGUAAAAAUGCUUUAACAGGGUUUACUGUUAAAAAUUCUCAUAUGUUAUGUUCUUAAUGACAAUAAACUAUUUUGGGGAAAAACAGGA